AUGAUGUCGACGAUGACCAGGCCCGAUGAUCCCCGGCCAGACUCAGACCCGACCGAUGAUGAUGAUGCUAAAAAAGGAUCACACGACUCCUUGGUACCUCCACCACUGUCAUACAAUGAAGGGUUCCCCCGCCUUGAAGGUGAUGGCUCAAGACCGGGUACAGCCAUGAGUGAUGCUCCUGGAAGUUCUGGAAAAUCAUCUGGCCCCAAACCGUUGACGCACGAAGACACCAUUGACUUGGCAAAGCGAGCAGUCGAGAGUGGGAUUCAGGAUACAAAACGAUCGUUGGCAGGAAGCGAAGCUGUUACUGAUGUCGUGAAGCCCAAAUUAACCAUCGAUUUGGGCCAUUCGCACAUUGUGCGAAUACCGGAGCCAGUAGUAGAUAUAAUCAAAGACGAGGUGGAAAGACUUUCUCUUUCCAACAAUCAUCUGUUCCAUAUUCCCUACCGCUUCGCUGAAUGUUCUCAUCUUCGCUAUCUCAAUAUCAGAGCCAAUAACUUCCGUGAAUUUCCAAAAGGAAUCUACAAAUUACCUCUAUUAGAGAUUCUCGAUCUUAGUCGCAAUAAGAUCGGCUUGUUGCCUGACGAGAUUGGGAAAUUAAAAUCAUUACGAGUGCUUUCUAUCAUGCAGAACCGGCUUGAUGAUCUGCCAGCAGGAUUAUCAGAUAUGAAUAAGCUGCAGGUUCUUAAGGUUGCGGGAAAUCCUCUACGCUCCCCGCUUCGACGGGUUUUGGAGGGAUUGGAGGCAGAAAUGGCCCCUUCGGCAAUGUCGGACAACGAGAAGGAGGUUGCCAUUACUGCAGAGUUGAAGAGAUUUCUGAAGACCCGGCAGUCAGCUAGCACCCCUGAGCCUGAAGUUGGGCCAGAUUCAAGUGAGAGUCCAUUCGAAUCACGAAGACCUCCGGUUAAGCGUAAUUUGAGCCGUCAAUUAAGCGGCCGAUUUCCUGUCAUUCCAAGCACCGGCGAUGGCUCAACAACGCCUUCCACCUCUCGGGGACCUGAUCCGUCGGGCAGGAUUCAUUAUCGGAUGGCCUCUGGGCAACAAAAACCUAGACGAACCGAUGUGAUGCCUCCCUUUGUUAAUGAGCGCAUUCGAAGUAACAGUGAGGGUAUCAUCCAGGCAUCAUCUGCAGCUCGCAACAAGCGCAUGGGGGUCAUAACUCGCAAAAACACAGAUUUGGGGACCUUAGACGAGACACGGCCCUACAGAAACAGCCAUUUUCGAGGCCUCAGCCAUGGGUCUGUCCUUCGCGCAGGCCCGACAGGACCGACUCCCGCGGGUGGUAAUGGUUUUUCCAGUCCUACUAGCCCAGGAGACCGCCGACACCCGCGAGAUGGUUGGGUAAACCGCAUGUCCAGUCUUCCUGAGCAUAAGGGGGAAAGGGCCUCAGUCGACCCGAUUAUCGAGAGUGCCAAAGGGAUUUUAUUCUCUCUUUUCCAGGUUCAUUCUCACAUAUCUACAUUGAUUAAUGUUAUUCAGCGAGACGAUACGCGACGCCACAGUCUUGAGCUCGUGUUUUACAACGCUUCAAGUCAUGUUGAACGGCUCAACGAAGCCCUUGAGAAUGCAGAGAAAACUCUUCCCGAGGAGCCAGACUCAACGCAGACACUGAACGAGAGCGUGAAGCGAGAGUGUGAAACAUGCAUCACAGCCUACACACACGUGGGCACCCAACUACGCAACAGUGCUGGCAAGAUUGUUGCUAAUGGCGAUUCCCGGUAUGUGCGCUCGCUUAUGUUGAUGAUGUUUGGAGGCUUGGUGGAGUUGCGAAAUUCUUGCGCCAGCCUCAACAUAUCACUUCGACCACUUCAAGAACGGAUCUCAGCACCCAAGCCCCUUGUUUCCGAAGUCACCAAAGGACCUUUUGUCGCAGAACCACCUUUGCGACCAUUGGUUACUCCCCCGCCCCCACGACGAUUGCGGAGCGAUACUACUAUUCGGCAUCCCCAAGUUCCCGUGCCGCUCAUGAAUCAAUCAGUAGCGAUUGGCUCACCAGGCUUCGCAACACCUGCCUUCAACGCCGUGCGAAGUAGAUCCAGCAGUCGGACAAAUCUGAUCAAUACUUCCAUGCCCACGUCACUGGCCACUCCUCGCUCUGGAGAGUCAUUUCCUCCCAUGCCUAUGGGCGGUGGCCCUCGGAUCAAUCCAUUGACUGGAUUGGAUGAAAUUGAAGAAGAACGACUCUUCGAAAGGAUAUUUUACCAGCUUACCUCUGCAUACAGUGCGGCACUUCAAGCACUUCCAUUGGCUCGACGGCAGUUGUCUCGAUGCCUUGAAUUGUCCGAACAGAACCGUGAAGCAGAGGGGAUUAAAAUGCUUUGGAGCAACCUCAUUCGCCGAUCUCAAAGCUGUCUAGAGGUGUCCGAGGCAUUGGGCAUGCGUUUAUCCAACAUGAAAGUCAAAGAACCGAAUGGCGGAUUACGGAACCAGCGCGAAUUCUGGCAACUGUGUAAGGGCUUCAUGCAGUCUUUCGUAGAUCUUAUAACAGACAUGCGAGAAGUGCGCAGCAUGAAUAUUCUCCCCCAGGACAUCAUUAUCAUUCUCAGACCGGUCCAGAAGGCCAGUCGGGAAGCCGGUCGUCUGAUUGAAGCAUCUCCUUGGUCUUUCCUCGCAGAUCCGGCGACCAAUGCCCCAAACAAUUUAUACGGUCCACCGUUGCAACCUCCCCCACACGCGCAGCAUCAUACUUCGGUAUCAACAUCUGCUCUUGGAUCGCAACCACAUUACCUGAACACGGGCCCUCAUUCUGUCACUGUUCCUUCCACCCCCCUCAGUGCAGCCCUCGGCCCCGCAGCGCAAGCCACUGUCCCCUCCACCCCGGCCAGUGCAUAUAGCGACAAGUUCUUCGAGGGCGAUGUCUUCCAGCGUGCCGACUCGCUCCUUUCGAUGCAAACCCAAGCCCCGUACUACGCACGUCGUUAG